GCAUUAAUGAAAAAAAAAAUUUAUUCUAUUGCAUCACAAAGAUUACGGAAAAUUAGAUUGAAACUAAAUAUAUAUGAUAUUGAUGUCCAGUAUGUUAAGGGUUCACAGAUGUUGAUUGCAGAUGCUAUAAGUAGAGCGUCUUCAAAAGCUGAUGCUAGUACACUUGAACAAUCUUUGGACCGUGUUGUUCAUACUGUGAAUGUAGGUGAUAGCUUUCUCAUAGAGAUUACAGAUGCCACGGGUAAAGAUGCAGCACUAUCCCAACUGAUAGGAUACUAUAAUAAUAGUUGGCCUACAAAUAUUGAUAAAGUUACAGAUCUUGUCAAACCUUAUUGGAAAUUAAGAAAUAACAUUGUAGUUGAAAAUAAUAUUGUAUAUUUAGAUCAUAGGAUUAUAGUUCCCUUAUCUCUUAAGAAAACUGUCAUGGAAAAAGUACACUCUUCACAUUUUGGUAUCACUAAAACACUGGGUAGAGCCAAGUCACUUUUCUUUUGGCUUAACAUGAAAAGCGAUAUCAUUGAUACCAUAAGUAAAUGUCACUUAUGUGAAAAAUAUAGUGCUAAAAAAGUAAAGGAAUCCUUAUUAUUAGAUGAAACUACUCCAUCACUCCCAUAUCAUAAAGUGGGUUGUGAUUUUCUAAAUUAUGGUAAUGAAAACUAUCUAGUAGUAGCUGACUACUAUACAAAGUGGUUUGAUCUAAUAAAAGUCAAUUCAAUGACUGCUGCAACAGUGAUAAAAAUAUUAAAAACCUUAUUUGCUACUCAUGGUAUACCAAGCAUUCUCAGAGCUGACAACAUGCCAUUCAACUCGAUUGAAUUUAAAAACUUUGCAAAAAUGUAUAAAUUCUCUGUUGUUACAUCUAGCCCGCUGUAUCCUAAAUCAAAUGGCUUUGUUGAAAAAUAUGUUGGUAUAGCAAAGAAUAUGUUAAAAAAAUGCAAGGAUGAGAAUUUAGACAUACAUCUUGUUAUCUUAGAAUAUAGGAAUAGCCCAGUGAUAGGUUCACCAUAUUCUCCAUCUCAAUUGUUGUUUAGUCGUUUUACUAAGUCUAUACUGCCAAUACACAACAAGUUGCUUGCACCAAAAGUAGUCACUGAUUUUGUUAAGUAUCAAGAAAAAAGAAACAUUAUAAAUAAAACUAAUUAUGAUAAGACUGCUAGACAUUAUAAUUAUACUCUAGAAAAAGGGCAAGAUGUUGUGUAUCGCAGAGAAAAUGUAUGGUUACCAGCCAAAAUAGUGGGCCUCCACAAUUCGCCCAGGUCUUACUUAAUCCAAGAUGAUCAGGGUUCUAUGUUAAGAAGGAACUCUUCGCAAUUGAAGCCAUCAGUCACUCCCAAGAUCCCAUCAGAUGUUUCUGUUAGGUCGCCUAAACGAUGUGUUAUACCUGUAGAGGAUGGGCACUCGGAGUUACCUAUGGAUUCAGAACAGAUGAUGGAACCUGUACCUUCGGCUAAUUGUGAAGGCAGACCUAAACGUGUUAUUAACCCUCCAGCUUAUCUUAAAGACUAUGAGACAGACUUAUCACAUGAGGGGGAAGAUGUAUCAUGUUCAUAGUUAAUGCGCGAGUUUUGGAA